AUGAGAGGCCCCAGUCGGAGCCACCACCAGCUCAGUAGCGGGAUGGUGGUGUCGGGGCAGCCGGAGCAGCCCAAGGACAAGGCUUCUCCGGUGGGUUCCCGUGCCGUGCCGUACACCGGCGGCGACAUCAAGAAGUCCGGCGAGCUCGGCAAGAUGUUCGACAUCCCCGUCGCCGGCGCCAAGGGGGCCUCCGGGCGAUCCUCAUCGCCGCACUCCGGCCAGUCCUCCGGCCCGCAGGCCCCCAGGAGGACCUCUUCCGGCCCCCUGGCGGUGAACCUCGCGGCCACCGGCCUCAUCACCGGCGGGGCCUCCGGGCGGCGGUCCGGCGGGCAGGGCGCCCAGUCGGAGGGGGACCUGACGCCGAGGCCCAAGAAGAAAUCCGGCGGGUAUGGGCCGGCGGUGACUGUACUGGGGAGGGAGGACUGGUACGGCUUCAGGAUCUCCAAGGUGGCGAUGUGGGGGUGCGCGGUGGUGUUCUCCAUGGGGAUGGCGAUGGGGGUGUUCGUGCUGGUGGCGGUGAAGAGCGUGGUGAUUCUUGCGGCGGUGGGGGCGCUGCUGGUGCCCGUCGGGUUGCUGACCUUGUGGAAGUCAACACGCCGGAAGCUGGAUUUGGAGGCCUACCUGAGGGGAUUUCCGGACACCAAUCUCCACCAUGCCAAAGCUGGCGAAUUUGUCAAGGUUACUGGGGUGAGAUGAUCUCGAUCUUCUUCCUCUCUAUUCUCUACCAACUCGUGGAUACCAGGCUUUUGAAUGGUCAAAAUUUGACUACCUUUGGCUUCUUCUACUUCUUCACACGAUUCAAGGGCAGAGAAUUUAAGUCAACACAGUUCAAAAUAAAAUAAGAAGAAAAAAUUAACCGUAGAAAAAUGAACCCAUAAGUAGAGAACAUGCUCGAGGAGGGAAGAUAUCGCACCAACAAUACUUAUCUACCACUAUUAGAAAGGAGGGAAGAUAUCUCACCAGCCCUUUCUUUUUUUUUUUCUUUUUUUUUUUCAUUUCUGUAAAUGGUGGGUGGAUCCUUUGAUGCAGGUUGUCACUUGCGGCAGUAUCCCCCUCGAGACAUCCUACCAAGGGGUCUCUAGGUGCGUAUAUGUGCAUACUGAACUUCAUGAAUACAGAGGAUGGAGGGGAAAGCCUGCUAAUCCUCAUCAUAAGCGCUUAACUUGGGGACUACGGCACGCAGAGGUAAGAUACUACUUAGCUCCUUCAGGAAAAUUAUAAUUAUAUUUAUUUCUCUUGAUCUUAAGAAGCUUACGAUUAGAAGCACCUGAAGCUCUUUUUUCCCCUCCCCUCUUGUAUCUAAAAUUUCCUCUUAUUUUCUCAGAAAGAUGCCUUGGAGCACCAUUUCUAUAAGGGUUAUAUGCGUUUACAAACAGAAGAGAUAAGGAAUCACUUAAAACAUUACUUCAGCCCACAUGCUCAUCUUGCAUGGCAAAAUUCUUUGAUGCCUUUCAUACUGGGGUGCCUUUCUGAAUCCAUAUUUGUCUGUCAGCCUCAUGACCGUGACUUAUGGGACAACCUAAACCCUGUGAUUAGAAUAGGGGCGUCUACACUGCUGAUUGCAAUGAUUUCUUCGCUUAGCUGCCUGCGAUGAAGAGCAUGAUCCACUCUGAUGGCUCCAUUCUCAAACAUUAGGCGAACAAACAGAAAAAUGAUAGCUUAGCUGCCUGCAAUGUUAGGUCACUCAUUCUUGUGGUGUAAUACAUUCUAUUCUGUGAAAGAUUUUUUUAAUAUAUAUAUAUAAUUAAUUAAUUACAAAAAUGAAUUAUUUAUGAAUAUUUUCAUCGAAGUUUAAUGUUAUAUUCUUAUUACUUUUGUAAUUUUAUUAUUUAUUCGGUAAAAUCCUUAUAGUUCAACUGAUUUAGGAAAUAUAUUUAAUUGCAUGAUUUUACGAUGCUUUACACAUAUUUUUCCGUGUUUAUUUAUUAUACUGUUUAAAUUCGUUUUAAUAUAGGUAUAUAUAAAUUGCAUUGUCAGAUUGUCUUGCCUUGUUGCUUUGGUGUACUGAAUACCUUGGUCACCUCAAAAGACCUAGACCAAUUUAAGUACUUGUAACCUGCAGGAGAAUUUACAUCGUAGAACUCUUUUAGAUCACCUUUCAUAUAUGUCAAUAUGGAUUAUGAAUGCUGUGCCCCAAAAUUUUUCAUCUUUGGAAAAUACCUUACUCGUGAAGAACAUGUCUCUUUAGGAGAAAAUUAAGAAAUGUAGCAGACACAGCCAUUAAAAUUCUGCUUGACCGAGCCAGGACCAGCUGAACCACUGUAGAAUGGUAAACCUAGCGCUCAAGUGUAAACGGUGGUUUAGGUCUUUCAUUGAUGUUUCUGUAAUCUGUCAACCCCAAUGGCUACAAUUGGUCGUCGCUGUGGGGUUGGAAAAUAGCGAACCUGGCUCACAUGUUUCUCUGCUUCGACUUAAGGUGUCAGGAAGCCUGAAGAGAGAUAACCACCCUCAUCUUCUGAGCUUGAGCACAAAAGAAAACAGCUUGGAAGGGGAGGGUGCCCCAGUGCAGCUCAUACUAUAAAGGUUAUGGGGAAAAGGAAGGAGAUAAUCGCCCUCAUCUUCUUGGGGCUGUUUAGAAGAGAACAAGCUGAAGGCAGUGCCUAGGGCUGGCCUUGAAAGGAAGACAGAGUAAGACUGGGAACGAUAAUGGUUAAAUAAAUGACCUACCUAACAAGCGUUUUCGUUCUUCUUUAUGGAAACAAUUUGAGAAGGGAAAAUAGAGAAGGGAGAGACUGGUUUUGUUGAGCCCAAACAAUGACUGGGAUGGUUGCAAUGACUGAUGUUCCUAACAGACUGUAGAGAUAUGUUUGAAAGGCGUCCUUCCUAUUCCCAUUUAUUAUCUUAAUUUGAGAGACGUCUGAGUAAUUUCUCCCAGGUACAAUGUCCGCCAAAGACCUCACCCGAUUCUAUCCCAUCUCAAUCCUAAUAGGGAGUAACAUCUCCAUCAUGACCAAAAAGAUAACCAUCUUUGUAGACAGAAAUCAUCAAAGUGAAUUCUUACUGGUCUACCCAUUUCACAAUGCUGGUCGAGAAGAGUGUUGAUUUUGAUCACAUCACAAGCAUUCAGUAUUGAAGACUCACAGAUAAAUGCUGUGGUUGCUACCUGCAGCCAGUAGAGAUGGAUGUUGGAAUUGGAAUGAAGGUCAGAAAGAGGAAAUCGACUGUGGGGUUAGCUUCUCAACAAUGACAGGAGUGUAGACGUCGAAGGAGGCCGGGAGUGGGGUGCGGAUUCGUUUCUGUUUCAUGCUUGAGAACAACAAUAAUGGCUUGUGAUGUUAAAGAGACCACUGGUUUGAACAUAGGAUAUAAUCUUGCCCUUUCUAUACUGGGGAGACAGAGAACUUUGUUAGUCAAUGUAAUAAAUCUGAGGUACUAAACUUUUUAAAACAAUCAUAUGAAUUAUAUUCGAUUUUAUUUUCUCACCAUUGUUCUAUUAGACAGUUUUUAAAAUUUAUUCCAUCUAGUUUGAAAUUAUAUGUUAAAGGGAAACUUAUGCUUGCCUUGUGGACUGAUUCUCUUGAUUGUCAGAGGCUUGUGGCAGAUUUCUACAUAUCUGACAACCAGGGUGGUGCAAGAGCUCUGGUCCGAGCUGGAUAUGGUGCAAAAGUCAUUUCUUUUGUAAAGCCUACAACUAAGGUAGACCUAACCGAGGAGGAGAAAGAGCUAUCACCUGGAGCUUUAAGCUGGCUGGAAGAUCAUAAUCUUUCCUAUGAUGGCCGGAUAAUGCGAAUUGAAGAAGGGUAAGUUACUGAUAAGAAAAAAAGAAACAGAAAGUAAAUAUCGAUUAUAUUUUCUCUGCCUAUUUUUCCUUUUGUAUUACAGGGAUGAGGCUUGAUGGUGGUUAGUCUUUUCCUUUGGUAGAUUUUUAUUAUUAAUCCACAUUGAGAUACUGUCUAAUGCUGUAUCACCAUCUUUGACAUCCAUUUAUCAGAUACUGGCUUUUAUCAUAUCAUCGUAGGAAUGCUGCUAAAUAUUCGAAGGGAAAUUACUCCGUAUCCCAAAGAUUACAGCGUCCCUGUCUAAUGCUGCAUCACCAUCUUUGUCAUCCAUUCAUCAUAUACUGGCUUUUUAUCAUAUCAUCGUAGGAAUGGUGUUACAUAUUCGAAGAGAAUUAUAUACAUAACAUGGUCGUGUUGCAAGGGGCGUGGUUUGGAACUGGUAGAUUAUAUUGACUAGUAUUUAUGCUUCAACAUUUUCCGAAUUAGGCCAUAAAAGAAGAGGAAGACUGAAUGCAAUCGUGCAAUUUCUUGGAUUUCCAGGUAGAGCGAAUGGCUACAAUUUUGGGGGUUUUUACUGGACAUUUAAAAAUAUGAUCCUGGCCAGUAUCCAUGUUGUACAUUUAUCAGCAUAUUUACAUGUAUCAGGAAGUUGAUAGGAUACCUUGCAAGCAUUUGCACAUUUUUCUUUGUUUGCUUUCCCAAUUAAGAUGAAAUGGCCUUGACCUAAAUGAUUUCAGGUAGGACUCUAUAACAGCCCAUCUUUUGAUGGGUAAUCUCUAGAAAACGUAUCAUUGUAGAAUUUGAUGACUGAGAAUUUAUCUGAUGUGGUUAAUCUGAUGCGCACCACACAAAUGGUAAGCAGGCAAGGAGUUAAUAAAGAAUAGACUUCUAUGUUCUUCAUGUCUUGAUGAUGAUGCCUUCAGCAAGACAGGAAAGAUAGUGAAGAGGUGGGCCGAAAAAACUUAACAUGAAGGAAGAACGACUGCAAAUAAAUCAACUAAAGAGAUCCGUUUAAUGGAGAGUUGGAGAGUGUGAGAGCAGAGAGAACCUAUCUGGACGGUGGUUUGUUUGAGAAAGGGUCCUCUUUCUGCUGCGUAGAAGUCGUUACUUGGGCUAUCUUUGGAAUCAGGCAUUGUGGAAUUUGAUGGCUGGACUCCGUCAUCAAUGGAGUUGAAAUAUGAACCCCACAAGCUACAAGAAAAAGUUUCGUUCUUUAGUGAUUGAGAUAUGCAGGUCCAGGUCUGUUUGCUCAUCAUGGCUCAAUCAAGAUCUGCACAUCAGGAACAUUUUUGGUAUUUAAUGUCAUUUAGUCCCUGACGCAGUGCAUCGAUUUUCCGGCCAUUCUGACUUCCCUAGAUUUCCUUGAAGAUUUCUCAUCAAUUUCCCCUACUCUUGUGGAUGGAAUUUCCUGAGCUUAAUUGCUGUGAAUACUUUCUUUAAUGAGGAAGUAUCUAGGGGGUCUCAUCAAGCUCUAAUGUAGGCUGAGGGGAGUCUAAACAUUGUUUCCAGGAUGGGUAACUGAGGGCAGUUUUGAUAACCAGUCGAGGUUCCCAACCUUAGAAACAUAACUUGGAAGCUUGCAUUGAACUUCAUUCUACGUACUGAAAAAUGGCUGAAGCUUCUUCCCAGUCCACAUCUGUCUGGACUGUGGAGCCUACGAGUGCUUUAUUAGAGGAAUUGAGGAAGUUGAAAGAACGCGGGUCAAGUGUUGUAACCAGCCUAAAAUGGUCCACAAUAAUGUCUCUCACAAUAUGUGCCGGGAGAUAACUAUGUCAAGUGUUCUACUGUCAGUCGCUACACUAAUUACAAAAUAUAAUUUCUAUCUUUAGUAAACUUUAUCCUUCCUUGAUAACAAUCUUCUCUACUGGUCUCUCUGAUGUUCUUGAGACUUGUUUAGGCGACUUUUUUAUGAUUCAUAUGUAUUUUAUGCUUCAACAGAGAUUGCUGACUUGUCUCCCUGCUACAGGUUUAUUAAAGAGGCUGGCAUCAUAAGUGUUUUGGGAACUCUCCAGCGUCAAGACGACGUGUUAAUGAUUGUCCCACCUGCAGAACCCAUCUCAACUGGUUGUCAGUGGAAAAGAUGCGUCUUCCCUAUUCAUAUCGAAGGGCUCAUGUUGCUUGGUGACAAGAACCCUAAUGAUGAAGUUAUUAUUGCAUAG